CACGCCCCAUGGUGUCUCCUCUCCAGGUUGGGGUGUGUGGUGGGGGGGUCGCUAUGUCGGAUGACGAUUCGAGGGCCAGCACCAGCUCCUCCUCAUCUUCAUCCUCCAACCAACAGACAGAGAAAGAGACAAGCACGCCUAAGAAGAAGGAAAGCAAAGUCAGCAUGAGUAAAAACUCUAAACUGCUAUCUACCAGUGCCAAGAGGAUUCAGAAGGAAUUGGCUGACAUCACCUUAGAUCCACCUCCCAACUGCAGUGCUGGCCCCAAAGGUGAUAACAUCUAUGAAUGGAGAUCAACCAUUCUAGGACCUCCAGGUUCAGUCUAUGAGGGAGGUGUUUUCUUCCUUGACAUCACAUUUACACCAGAAUAUCCCUUCAAGCCUCCAAAGGUAACGUUCCGGACAAGGAUCUACCACUGUAACAUUAACAGCCAAGGCGUCAUCUGCCUGGACAUUUUAAAAGACAACUGGAGUCCAGCGUUAACCAUUUCUAAAGUUCUCCUCUCCAUCUGCUCCCUCCUCACAGACUGUAACCCCGCUGACCCCCUGGUUGGAAGCAUUGCCACUCAGUAUAUGACUAACAGAGCAGAGCAUGACAGAAUGGCCAGACAAUGGACCAAAAGAUACGCUACAUAAAUUGGAUUUUCUUCAAACUCUUACAUUAUUUGUCUGUGAUGGAAAGAGCUGCUUAUGAUUUUGAAGGGGUGGGGGGAGGGAGGGUGCUGGUAAAGAGUAGGGUAUUUCUAUAACAGAUUUUAUUCAGUCUUUUAUUUCCUAAGAUUUUGUUGUUGUAACUUAAGGUAUCUUGCUACAGUAGACAGCUAGGAUUUGGAAUAGCAUACUUUAAGACUGUAAUUAGUUCAGCAAUAUUAGCUCACAUAUAGUACCGAGAAGAAUGUAAACUUCUUAGACUUCUUUGGUUUUCAGUUUGCUUGCAAUAUGUAAAAGAUUAAAACAGCUUAAUUUUGUACAGGUACAUAGGUUGACAUUUAUGUAAAAGUCCUUUCAAGACUCUACACACUGUUUUUGCUUUUUGUUUGUUUGGGUUUGAGGGAUUUAUUUUGUUCUAGGUUGAGCUUCUUUUUUUCUUUUUUUUUUUUUUUGUAAAAAGAUGUUGGGGUUGUUUUUCCCUAUGGAGGGUACAUUGGUAUUUAACAAAUCCUUUUUAAAGACUGUCAUCUCAUGAUCUGUGAUAUGGAGAGGUGUAUAUAUCGCCUCAUAUAUGAAAUGAGAAGUAGUUAAUGUAUUAUUUUAUAAGCCAAUCUAUCUUUGUGAAAAGAAUAAAGGGUUUAAUCAGGA